GGAUGCACAGUGCGAGGUCAUGUCAAUGGACACGAAAGGAAAGUAGACGAUGCAGCGGUAGGUCGGUAAGGAUAUUUAGCUCUGAAAAAUCAACUGCUUUGAUCCAAAUGGAGUUUGAAAAAUGUGUGAGUCACUAGAACCUUGUCCGGGUUGUGAUACUGAUAUAAAGCUGUUGAGAUUCCACAUCUCCGUGGGAAUCACUGAAACAUGAAGUGGCAAGCUUUGUUCGGCUUUGUGAUCAGCUGUGUACUGGUGUGCGCACCGGCAAGGAUCUCAGCAUCUUCAGAGGCGGGGGAAAACAAGACCGAAACAGAGAGAUACAAGUUAGUGGUAUUUGACUUUGACAGAGUGGAGCUACCCUUUGUGAUAUGCCUCUGGAUCCUCAUAGUGGCGUUGGCAAAAAUAGCAUUCCAUUUGAAUUCCAAACUACCAACUGUGAUACCCGAGAGUUGUCUCCUCAUUGUUAUGGGCCUCGUCGUAGGAGCCCUUCUUCAUUUCACACACAUAGCCAACACCGAUGAAUAUGUCCUCGAUGCUGAUGUUUUCUUCAUCUAUCUUCUUCCUCCAAUUAUCUUCGAUGCAGGCUACUUCAUGCCAGUGCGUUCUUUCUUCGAUAACCUUGGAACCAUACUGCUGUUGGCUUUUGUGAACACCUGUAUCAGUGCAGGGUGUAUUGCUGCUUCCCUGUAUGGCGCCUCCCUGUUGGGUUGGUUUGGCAGGACCAUCAGUAUCCUAGACUGCUUCAUCUUCAGUAGCCUCAUUUCUGCUGUGGACCCGGUCGCAGUCCUCUCUGUGUUUGAGGAAGUCCAUGUUAACCAGAUGCUUUACAUCAUUGUGUUUGGUGAAUCACUACUGAAUGAUGGUGUCACUGUGGUGCUGUACCACAUGUUUGAAGGAUUUAUAGAAAUAGGGGAGAAAAACCUCAUUACAACAGACAUUGUGACUGGUUUGGGAUCAUUCUUCAUCGUAGCGAUUGGCGGGACACUCAUCGGAAUUCUCUUUGGUUUCUUUGGAGGAUUCAUCACAAAGUAUACGGAGCAUGUCAAAAUCAUCGAACCUCUCUUCGUCUUUGUUAUUGGCUACCUGAUGUACCUCUCUGCUGAAAUGUGCCACUUGUCCAGUAUCUUAGCAUUAUCGUUUGGUGGUAUCGUAUUACGUCAUUACUUAGAAGCCAAUGUCACACGUUCCACACGAACCAGCAUACGUUACUUUAUGAAGAUGUUGGCUAACAUUAGCGAGACCAUCAUCUUUAUGUUCCUGGGGCUGUCUGCGAUCGUUGACACUCUGGAUUGGAAUCUGGCCUUUAUAUUCUGUGCGCUCCUCUUCUGCCUUAUAUUCAGAGGUCUAGGUGUGAUGGUUUUGUCCUGGAUUCUGAAUCGGCGCAGACUGGUAAAGUUAACCGGUAUUGACCAGUUUAUCAUGGCUUUUGGUGGACUUCGAGGUGGCAUUGCUUUCUGUUUAGCCUUGUCAUUAGACGAGAAACUGGUUCCAGAGAAGAGGCUGUUUGUCACAGCAACUAUUGUCAUCGUAUUUUUCACAGUGUUUGUGCAGGGAAUCGCCAUUAAACCGGUUGUGAAUGCCCUUAAAGUGAAAAAAGCUUCGACUAAUGAUGCAUCAAUGUCUGAGAAAAUUCAAGAAUCGUUCAUUGACCAUCUGAUGGCAGGGAUGGAGGGCAUCACAAAACAUUCCAGUCACAAUCUCAUGCGUAUUAAAUUCCGGCAUUUCAAUCACAGCUACCUGAAACCUCUGUUUAACAAAGAAGCCCCCCAGACGAAGGCCAAGAAAGUGCUCGAGGUUUACCACACCAUCAGUGUUGCUGAAGCUCUUGACCAGAUUGGCAAUGAGGUGGACGUCAACCAGAAGAGGCCUCUUGUUAACUUUGGUGCUUCCAAUGUAUACAAAAGGACACCAGCAGGCUUUGUAAACACAGGUUUUCCUGCAGAAAACAUGGCCAACGAACAACUGGAGACUACAAAUCGAAAUGAAUCGCAUUCAGUAAAUGAGGAAGGCCUGCCAGUUAUUUACAAGUGUGUGGAAGAUCCUGUUGUCAGGGAAACAAUUGUAAUGGAGAGGCCAAGAUCAUCCCCACCUGUGGGAGAAGGCAGUAGUAUUGCCAGUAAAGGACUCGAAAAAAGUGAAGCCAGCGAUGAAUUCGAAAAUGUGACCAUUACAUUUAAACAGUCAUUAGACAAUGUUCAGGGAGUUGACCAGAACACAGAAACUUCUGACUUUUCGUCUGGGAGUUAUUCUUUGGGGGAGACUUCUGAGCCCUCCACAAUCACCUACGCUGAUGAAGAGGCCUCAGUCCCUACAUCAGUGGAAUUACCCCUGCCAUGGAAAGCUGCUCCCAGUCAGGAAAAAAUGGAGGCGGGCAUUGCAAGCGAGUUGUCAAAGGUACCAGAAUCGACGGUCACCGCAGCCGAGUCAGUGUUCCCAUGGAAAAACUUUCCAAGGGAUCCUAUCCCCUUUUCCACGUCCUUAGUGUACUCGGAUGACAGUGCUCCUGUUGUCGCCGAGGCUCCUACAUGGGUUAAUAAUCUCUCCUACAGUCACUUGAAGGAAUCUGGAUCCCCCUAUGCCUCUCCUGAAGUGACCUUAAUUCCAGAAACGCGGCAACACCAUGCCUCAGUCUUUGAUGUUUUCAAAGGAUAUGAUUCGGUUGAAAAGUGUCUGGAUGCUUGUGUUGCUAAAUUGAACUCUUCUGUGGAUGAAACUGAUAGCAAAAGCCAUAACUGUGGAGGUACUCUGCCUCCCCCAUGGAAUCAUUGUGGUGACAAUGCAGAAGAUCUCCCAGUGCCAUCUAUAAUGGAUACUUGUGGAGUUAAAAAUAAUAUCCUUUUGUCCAAUCACUCGGCUACACCUCCAUCUCAUCAUGUCAUAUUACCUACAGUCCAUUUCUCUGAGGGUUCUAUAACACAGAGUCACAGCGAUGAAGGGGAAACUCACAAGCCAUUGAAAUCUCUACCAGGGUCUGCAUCAGCUCCUGAUUUGCCAAAACACUUUCAGGUGAUCGAACCAAUGACGAAAUCAAGACUCCACUCGGAAUCCAUGUUGGAAGAUUUAGACUUUCAUGACCAGGCUGUGUCAAGAGUGAAUGAAUGGUUGUCUGCAACUCUUAGUGAUGAAGCAGGCAUUGUGAUUCCCAUUCACAUCCCCACACCUGAGCUUUCCAGUGACAAUGACGCAGACUGUAGCAGUGAAGGCGAGGGGGAUGAUGAUGAUGGGGGUUGGGACUUCGACAGGGAUGACUUAUGAUAACGGCCACAAUCUAGUCCAGAAUACUCAAUCGUCUUUCCAGAAAUGCUUUUAUGAACAUCUACUGUGCAUUGCUAGUCAAUAUAUGUCUAGUGAUUGAAACUUGUUUCUACAUUUUUGUGUGGCAAAAUUUGUAUUCAUGGCAAUAAGACCUCAUCCGUGAUGAUGUACUGAACACUUUGAGCUUCAAUCAUGUCUUCAUUCCAUAGAUUUCAUAAAAUCAAAUAGAGAAUGAUCAUCAUCCAAUCAAAUAGGAUAUACUUCUAAAAAUAAUUCAUCACCAACUUGGAAAUUCAGGGAUUUUCAUUUAAGAUGGAAAUUUUAUGUGAUACAUGUAUUUAACAAUGUUUAAAAUGUCUGUACAGUGCAUCUUUAUUGUAUGUUAUGUUGCAGUACAAACAUGACACCCAUGCAUCAGGUCUACACAGGCAUUAGUAAGGAUUUGUUAGUACAUUCACAGGCAUGGUAUCUCAGGUUGUACAGGUAUAAGUCCUAUAUCAAUAUAUAAUGCAAAGGGAUUGAUUUAGCCCCUUUCUUUUAACCUUUUGCAGGCUUACCGGUAUUCUGUACAUGAACUUGCAUAAAUCCUCUGCAUGAAAGGCAGCAAGCAUUGCCUUUUAAUUCAAACAUCUUCUGAAUCAAUAUUUUAUUGCUGUAACAGUUCUAUAAUGAACAAAAAUAUGUGCAAUAAUUGUUUCUUUAGGCAAAAGACAGCAUUGUGAAAGAUACUUUGAAAAUGAAUUUGUAUUCAGAUAUGCGACAUAUCAUGACAAAAUUUAAUGAACGAGUUUCGUAUAUAGACCUCAGAAAACUGAUUUUGUGAACAUGUAUAUAUUGAUAAGUAUGUCUGACAUUCUCUUCCUCUAAGCAUUACAAUGAAUUGAGAUUGAAUUUUGAAGAAAAAAAUAAACUACUAUGUAGUAAAAUUAAAAA